UGCUGGGGUAAGCAGUGCGUCGCCUGGUUGGGGUCCUAUUGGUAAGGCAGCAAUCGGUUGUAGAUCGAAACUUCUCCCAACGACAACUAUCCUUUCCUCAGUCAAGACUUGCGCCUUCCGAAGCAUCAUCCAUUGUUGGCCGUGCCUUCCCGCCAAUUUAACGGGCUUUCCUUCACCGGCGCUUCCGCUCAGUAUUUCUAGGCUGCCCCGGUUUCCGUCUCUCGUCUUCCUCUGUUACUACUACAGAAUCAAGCCCAUUUUCCAUCGUCGCCUCUCCACCUCCAUCGUCUAUCGAUAGAUGCGAUGAACAUGGACACGCCCACAACCAACGACGAUCCGCCUGGCGUUAGGGCACAUGUUUUGUGCAAAGCCUGUGAUCGCAUCAGGAACGAAUCUCGGUUGAUUAAGUGGCUCAGCGAUCCCAACCGUUGUGAAGAUGAACCGGCACCCACCGAUAGCGAGGAUUUCUAUCACAGUUGGAAUCUGAAUGAGAUGCUUGAUGCAGCUGCCGGUGGUUGUCAUCUUUGCACAUUGGCCUAUAAACACGCGCGACAUCGUGAACAUGCCCCUGGAGAUUUGAACUUCUUCUCCGAGCUCGCCGAAACUCAAGGAGCCAUAUUCGUAAAUAUGCGGAGCCCUGGGAGAGGUCAAUCGCCCGCCAAUAUGUCCUUCAUAAUAAUGGAGGUAACUGAUAAGCAGGUAUCCCCUGAGGAUUAUUCAAAACUUGACAAGACUUUGUAUCACGGACGGGAAUUCGAUGUCCCGGGGUUGGUGUUUGCACAUCUUCACAUUCGCAAGCAACAUGAUAGGGACAUAAUCUCGCCUCAACCGGCGUCGAGCCAGGAAUACUAUCCAGCUUCAACGGGCUCAUCGGAUGCUUUAGAUCUGGCUAGGUCUUGGCUGGAUGAUUGCCUCGAGCGUCAUGACGGAUGCAAUCAAAUGUCUCUGGGUGCCAAUGGCAAGCUACCCACAAGGCUCAUCGAAAUCAGCGAAGUAGACGGACAGUUGGUUCCACGCCUCGUCAUUACACCUGCCUCCGCGGGUUUGGCCGAUAUUCAAUACUGCACCCUCAGUCAUGUAUGGGCGGCAACAGUUCGAGGACCUGGGAAGACAAUCCAGCUAUUACCUGACAACAUCGAGCGGCUUCAGCAAUGUAUACCCAUUGGAGAACUCCCUCAAACAUUUCAGGACGCUAUGAAAAUUACAAGACGACUGGGUUACCAGUAUAUCUGGAUUGACUCGUUGUGUAUCAUCCAAGACCCUUCCGAUACCACAGUUUUUCAGAAAGAAGCCGUCACCAUGUGCGAUGUCUAUAGCAACACUUCAUGCAACAUUGCUGCAUUGGGGCUUGGGAAUGAUUCAAUGCUUCCAGUGGAUACAUACUCUCCGGUUGAUUUCUGCUUCACAACCCGCAACCCAUUGGAGUAUGUCCCUUGCCGCAUUGCCACGCCGAAUGAGAAUGAGGCCAUAUAUGUCAGCCUGGAACAGUAUAGAAGACUACCAGACUCCCUACGAAACUCUCCUUUACUCUCACGAGCUUGGGUGUUUCAAGAAAGAUUCUUAUCGCCUCGAAUCCUGUACUUCGGCACCGAACAGUUGUACUGGGAGUGCCGAUGUCACACGAAGUCCGAAAGCCGUCCUGUUGAUGACAAGCUUUUGUUUCAGCAUUAUGAUACUUCUAGAGCUCAAUUUCUGGAGCUUUGUGACUUUCCUCACAACCGAGAUAGAUAUUCGACUUCAAUCUUCAAGUCAACAAGUGACAGCGCGAGCGAGAAGAGGACAAAUGAUGGCUUCAAUAUAGGGUCUGUCAUUGGCAAAGUGCCAUCCGUUGAAACAAUCAACACCGUUGGGUUGAUGUUGUCCUGGUAUCGUGUUAUAGAGGACUACACGGAAACCAGCUUAACAUACGCAUCGGACAGAUUCAUCGCACUCGCGGGUAUUGUCAAGGCAAUAGGAAAUUGUGUUGGCUUAACAUACGUUGCUGGAACCUGGAUGGAAUUUUGGCCUUUUGACCUCCUCUGGGUGUGGCGCAGGGAUGUCCCAAUGUCUAAACGGACAGCAUGCGGAACACACUUACCAUCUUGGUCUUGGGCUUCUGCGGAAGGCCGAAAGGAAUUCCGUGGACUCCACCUUGAUGGCGGCAAACUAGGUGUGCCUACAUCUACUUUAAUGCAAGUGGUCAAGUUGUCUUUCCCUGCUCUUGAAGAACAUCACUACCACAAUGUUAAUGUGGAAGAUACACCUUGGGAAGGCUUUGGCAUGACGAUUACAGUCCAUGCUUUCACCAAAAGCGGCAAAGUAACCGGUCCGGUAAAACACCCGCUAACUAAGCAGAGACGACAUGGCAUAAAGUUUGGGAAUAACCAUCAUGAUUAUCUCAACAUAUGGUGGGAUGGAGAACCAACAGAAGGAGAUUCUGUCUUAGUGGUGCCCCUGGUAAGAUGGGAGGUUCCACCGGACCCUCUCAGGCGGAGCGAAGAAGUAUGGACGUUGGGAUUGAUUUUGAUGCAAGACAAGUCGAGUCACAGUGAGAACGAUGGGCGCCGUUACAGACGCGUGGGUAUAUUCGAUGAAAACUCAUAUAAUAACGCGAUCGAGUUCAUGCUCUUCAGUGAAUUGUUUGAUGUAUACGAGAGAGUCACGCUCUUCAGUGGAGAGUUUGAUGUCCGCGAGAGAGAAGAGAUAUGCCUAUGUUAAUAGCCGAU